AGAAGAAACUCCCGGAAAAACAACAGCGAAGUGAGAGCAGGGUCACGUCCUCCACCUCCUGCCGCUGCUCCCCCGGUUCUCCUCCACCGCAGCCCCGGUGUGGCGGAGCAGCUGACCUCAGGGUGUCCAGGAUGGCGUCCUCCUUCCUGCUGUCCCGCGGUGGCGUCCGGACCGGCCGCUUCCUGCCGCUGCUGUCCGGGCGCCGUGCUGCGGCGGCGCGCCGGCUUAGCUCCGCCCCCCCGAUGAGCCGCAGCCUUCAGGAGAGCUACCGGCUGCUGCAGCUGCCACCAGAGGGCGCCAGCAGCGCGGCGCAGGUGAGGGAGGCGUACCUGCGCCUGGCCAAGCUCUACCACCCCGACUCUGGCGCCGCCGCCGCCGACGCGGCGCGCUUCGCCCGGCUGGAGGAGGCGUACCGCGCCGUGCUGGCGCACCACAGCAAGCCGCGCCCGACGGAGGAGGACGAGGACGGGGACGGGGCCAGGCCGGCGGCGCCGCAGCACCGCCACUACCUCAGCUUCGACGGCGUGGGCUCGGGCACGCCCAGCCAGCGCGAGCGGCAGUACCGGCAGGUCCGCGUGGACCGCGCCGCCGAGCAGGUGCUGGCCUACCGGCAGCGGGAGCACGAGCGGGCGGGCGCGGCGGACGGCGCGCUGGCGGAGCGCGACGUGCGCCAGCGCAGCCGCAAGAUCAAGAUCACGCAGGCGGUGGAGCGGCUGGUGGAGGACCUGAUCCAGGAGUCCAUGGCCCGCGGCGACUUCCGGAACCUGAGCGGCGCCGGAAAGCCGCUCAACAAGUUCCAGGACAACCCGUACGCCGACCCCAUGACCCACAACCUCAACCGCAUCCUCAUCGACAACGGCUACCAGCCGCCCUGGGUCGUCGCGCACCGCGACAUCCGGGAGGGCGCCACCCGCCUGCGGCGCCGCCUGCUGGAGGGCCGGGCCCGCCUGGCCGACCCCGCCCCCCCCGAGGAGCUGGCCCGGUGGGAGGAGCUCUGCGCCUCGGCCCGGGACGAGGUGGCCGCGCUCAACAAGCUGGUGGACCGCUACAACCUGGUGGCGCCGAUGCUCCACAUGCAGAUGGUGCACUUCAGCCUGCGGCGCGAGGCGGAGCGCGCCGAGGCCGAGGCCCGGCGCCGCCGCCGGGACCUGCAGCGCCAGCGCCAGGAGGAGCGCCGGCGCCGCCUGGAGGACAGGAAGGCGGCCAACACCGCCGCCGCCAUGAGCAGGACCCGCAGCCCCAAGCAGGGCUUCCUGUCCUGGCUGCAGGGGGUCCUGGGCCGAGUCCAGAGAGACCGGAACCAGCAGAGUCCAGAGAGACCGGAACCAGGAGAGUCCAGUGAGACCGGAACCAGCAGAGUCCAGAGAGACUGAAACCUACAGAGUCCAGUGAGACCGGAACCCACCGAGUCGGCGGGGCUGUGUGUUCUGUGAACGCCGAAUUCUAGAUAUAAAUGAUUCCAUUCUGUAAAAUCAGAACCUUCCGGAAGGCGACCGGAUCAGGAGGCGCCGGCGGCGCCGGGCUGAAGGACGGGUUCGAACCGUCGCUCUGGCGGACGACGUCACGGUAUCCUCGCCGGGUCGCACCGUCCAGUUCUCACGAGGACUGGGACUCCGUGCUGCAUUGGACCUGAUCCUACUGGUCCCACUUCACUUUUUAAAAACAGAGGAAAUAAAUCUGAAGGGAAGAGAAAUCAGAGAAAUCAGAGAAAUCAGAGCGUCUGUCUGUUUGUUUCACCUGUUUUUAAUCACCUGAAACUAAAAAACACAAAGGUCAAACCAGGAAGGUCAGUUCUUUAAUGAGUUCUUUUCUUUCCUGAAACUUGUUUUUAUUUCAUGAUCAAAUAAAGAAAAACCUCGGA